UGCGGCAGGAGCCGGUGGCGCUGGGCGGUGCGUCUGUCUGUCCGCCCGCCGGGCUCGUCUGCCCCGUCCCGUUCCGUUCCCGCGGAGGAGCGCGGCGGGAUGGCGGCCGGCGGGUACGGGCGGUACCGGGCCGUCAUCUUCACGGCCAUGUUCGUCGGGUACACGCUGUAUUACUUCAACCGCAAAACCUUCUCGUUCGUCAUGCCCGCCGUCAUGGCCGAGGUGCCGCUGGGGAAGGACGAGCUGGGUCUCAUCACCAGCAGCCAGUCCGCGGCGUACGCCAUCAGCAAGUUCGUCAGCGGCGUCCUCUCCGACCAAAUGAGCGCCCGCUGGCUCUUCUCCUCCGGCCUCCUGAUGGUGGGUUUGGUCAACGUGGUCUUCUCCUGGAGCUCCACUGUCGCGGCCUUUGCUGGGCUCUGGUUCCUCAACGGCUUGGCCCAGGGACUGGGGUGGCCGCCCUGCGGGAAGAUACUGCGGAAAUGGUUUGAGCCUUCCCAGUUUGGGACUUGGUGGGCAAUCCUGUCUACAAGCAUGAACUUGGCUGGAGGCUUAGGCCCCAUCGUCGCUGCCCUCGUGUCUCUGAGCUACGACUGGCGCAUGACUUUGUCCUUCUCUGGCUUCAUCUGUGUGGUCGUCUCUUUUGUUUGCCUCGUCCUGAUUAAAAACGAGCCAUCGGAUGUCGGGCUACCCAGCAUUGAACAAGGAGCCAAGAAAGGGAAGAAAGGUUCCUCCAAUGACAACAGCACUCUGACAGAGCUGCUGCUCUCGCCGUACCUCUGGGUGCUCUCAACAGGCUACCUGGUCGUUUUUGGAGUGAAAACGUGCUGCACCGACUGGGGACAGCUCUUCCUGAUCCAGGAGAGGGGACAAUCCAUGCUCGUGGGUAGUUCCUACAUGAGUGCCUUGGAGAUUGGGGGUCUGGUGGGAAGCAUUGCUGCUGGAUACCUUUCUGACAGAGCGGUAGCACGAGUGGGUCUGUCAAGCUACGGGAACCCUCGGCACACGCUGCUGCUUUCCAUGAUGGCUGGGAUGUGCGUGUCCAUGUUUCUCUUCCGCGUCACGGUCACGGGCAAUUCUCCCAAGGAAAAUCACCUCUGGACGGUAGCCUUGCAACCUCUAGCUGAUCUUACAGGCCUAAAAGAACAUGAGCUGUGGAUCCUGACUCUGGGAGCUGUGUUUGGGUUCUCCUCCUACGGGCCGAUUGCCCUGUUCGGGGUUAUAGCCAACGAAAGCGCGCCUGCCAACCUGUGUGGCACCUCCCACGCCAUAGUGGCACUCAUGGCCAACGUUGGGGGUUUUCUGGCUGGACUACCCUUCAGUACCAUUGCCAAACACUACAGCUGGGCCACAGCGUUCUGGGUAGCUGAAAUCACCUGUACCGGCAGCACGGUGGCUUUCUUCUUACUACGGAACAUCCGCACCAAGAUGGGCCGGGUUCCCAGGAAGGCUGACUGAGGAUAAGCUGCUUGGUGAAAAGGAUGCUCGUUUCUUGUUUAACUGGCCAAGGAGUGAGUUUACCUAUUGCUGCAAUCUCGAUAAAAAUGUCUCGAUUUCUUGUCCACUGUCACGUGCCUGAGGGCACGAGGUUCUCACUACUGAUCACUUUUUUUUUUCCCCUCGAGAUGUGAUAAUUCAGCUAGUUUACAUUUGCAAUAAUUUUACUGUACCUCCUUCUCGUAGCACUGUUGGCGAAGCAAGCGGGCUUCGCAGCCCCAGCUUCUCCACUAAAAGUACUCUAAAACGACUGGCUUCAGGUGCUGUCACAUUUAGUUUUGUCCUUAGCGUUCAUCUCAGCCAUUAGCUGUUAAUUCAGCCUCGUUCAGGGGUGCCGAAGCGAGCCUUCGCUCGUCCCGUGCAGCUGCCUGGGUUUGCUUAGGCGUGAGCUCCCUGGGCCCUCUCGGCCCUGAAACAGCGACAGAUCGGUUAAUGGUGAUUAUUGCGGUUCGGAGAGCAGCGUGGCUUUAGUUUUACCUGGGAUUAGCCGUUGGGAGCAAGGGCAAGGUUUCGCUCUGGACAAGCGGAACGCCGAUGCCGUGCUGUGGCAGGGCUCCCCACAGCACUUAGAAAUAGGCACAUUUCCAAGAAAUUCUUGGCACUUCAGGGGAGAGCGUUUAGAGAAGCUCCUUCUGUUGAACUGAUCCUGCCCAGUGCGAUUUCUGUGUAGGUUGUUAAUGAUUUGCAAGGGAGGCGGCGGCUGCUGCCAAGUCAGCUCGUAGGGAGCGCUCUGCAAAUCAGCCAGAAUGGACCCGGCAGCAGGUAUUGCGACAGCAGCUACUGCCGGCCCGCAACGCCUGCAGCUGGGUUUCAUGAAAACCCGUAUUUCUAGCAUUGCCUUGUAUUUUUUUCGGUACAAGGUGCGUAGUCUAGGAUGUUUUUGGUCAAGAGGUGCAUCUCUCAUGGCUGCAGAGCCAGCGGCCUCGAGCAGUCAGGCCCCAGCACUCUUUGCAAUAAGUAGACUCAGGUUUUUACCCAGGCUUUUGUUGAAUACUCGUCGUUUUUUCCCCCAAAAGGAUUUACUGCUUUAGGGUCCUGGAAGAGGCAAGUUUCAACUCAUGAAGAACCUGCGUGCAGGUACUUUGCUGAACAGCUUGGUUGCAAGAGUAGGUAGCCAGCCUUAAUUAAAACAAUGGAAGUGAAUUACAUUUUGUACUUAAUUAUAUGAUCUUCUACUAUCUGUGAAAUAAAAAUGGAGCAGUGUCA